AUGAUUCAGCUCAUCGUUUUAGGAUAUAUUUUCCAGCUGGCCCUAGCUCAAUGCACUCCUCCACCCGAUUCCGGAACAGCUCUGGGACCUUGCUUUGGUCCAGGCCCAAGUGGAUGUCCAGUUGGAACAUCCUGCUAUUGUGAUACUUGCUAUCUCGCUCCGCCAACUACAACUCCACCACCGGUCACUUCUAGCCCAAAUUGCACAGACGCUGAUCCGAAUUGUGCCUUGUAUGAGCAGAAUGGUUUCUGUAACAUGACAUUGUAUUCAGAAGAGCAAAAAAAACGAUUUUGUUCGAAAACAUGCGGCUAUUGCCGACCCAGUUGUGUGGAUCUUGAUCCGAAUUGUCCUCUUUAUGCUUCGAAUGGCUUCUGUUCUUCACCAAUUUACGCUGAAGAAGAUAAGGCAAAAUAUUGUUUGAACACAUGCUUUAACUGCGAAUUCUCUCGUACAACCACCCCUCAAUACAAUAGGCAAACAAGCUCAUGGUAUUACAAUCCAUGGCAAGGACAGAGUACUCAGCAAUGGUAUAAUCCCUACACAAGUGGAUGGUACUAUCCAACAGGAGGAUAUCAAGGAGGAUCUACUCCAAACUAUCCAUUCUACACAGGACAGUAUCAAGGCUGGAGCACUCAAAAUUAUCCAAUCUACACUGGUCCAUAUCAAACAAACACUUUCAAUUAUCAAGGAUCAACCCGUCCACCAGUGUUUGGGAGCAAUUCACCAAAUGUCCCUCGAGCUGUUACCACUCCUCGUCCUCCCUCAUUCUCCACUACACAAAUU